AUGUUCUCUUGGCGAAAGAACGAGUGUCCAUAUGAGUUCCUGAACGAGUUUAGCAAGCUGUGCAGUAUUCAGAAAAGGCCCAACUAUGCAACGGAGGAGGACUAUCGCCUACGCGCAAUUCCAUUCGCUUUGAAGGGAGAAGCCAACACAUGGCUGUUAAGGUUGCCACAGGAUUCUAUCUGUACCUGGGGAGUUUUCACAUUGGUCUUCUUAGACUACUUUUUCCCUUCGAACAAAAUCAAUGCCCUCAAGAAUGAUAUUCUGGAGUGUAAGCAGGAUUAUGAUGAGUCCUUGAGUCACUAUUGGUCACGUUUUAAAGGGUUGCUCGAUGCUUGUCCAAAUCACAGGAUGAUAGAGGCUGAAACCUUUUAUCUGUUCUACGAGGGAGCAAACCCUGAGUUGAUUGAUGCAAAGAAGGCAUAUGAUAACCCACGCAACAUUAUGAGGAGAGGCUCAGCCAAUGCGGUGAUGGAACAGGGUGAUGAGAGAGUGGAGGUCAGGAUUGACAGGUUGGAAAAAGCACUUCUGAAUGCGAUCGAGAAAAGCCCUGCCUCACAAGAAAUAGAGAAAACUCCAGGCCCAGAAGAAACUCCACCCCAGCAAUGGUCCGACAACGAUCCAACCCAGCCACCUCCACAGCAGAAUACCAAUUAUGCACACCCACCAGAGAGGCAGUCUAACUGGUCAGGGAGAAACCAGGAGGGGCAGAACAACUGGGGCAAUCGGAAUCAAGGAGACCACUCUAAUUGUGGCAACAGGAACCAGAAUAACCAAGGGAAGUCCUAUGUGCCACCGCACCAGAGGAACAACCCAGGAAAUUAUCAGAACUCCCAACCCAAUUACCAGGGGAACCAGGGGCCAGGAAAUCAGUACAACAACAAUUCAAGAGGUCAACGAAAUUUUCGCUCGAAUCAGGGAAAUGGACCUAAUCACAGUCAAGGAUCAGGUACCAGUCAACCGAAUUCCAGAUCACAGAGAAGCAUGUAUGACAUGGUACACGACCUAGUCAGUACGCAGCAGCGCAUGCAGAGCAAUUUGCAGUCCAACAAUGACGUGGUGCAUAAACUUCAGGAUGCUCAGAUGGAACACAAGGCUGCGAUGGACGUGAUGGCAAAACAGUUAUCUCAGAUCACAACCUCCCUAAGUGUGCUGCGAGGGAACGAAGGGAAAAUCCCUGCCACAGUCAAGCCACCGGACAGGGAAAACAUCAGUCAAAUCACUCUGAGGUCCGGACAUGGUUAUGAAGGUCCUACGAUGAAAGUGGAUGGAAACAUACCUCUCGCGAUGAGCAAGGAGAAGGAGAACCCAAGUUCCUAUAAAGGCUAUACUGAAACAGGGGAGACCAGAACAGAGGAUGACGUUCAGACUGGUGAUUUGGGAAGACCACUACCCCGGAUGGCUGACCCAUUCUUCCUAGACCCGGAGCCCAAGGUAGAGGUUGAAAAGGUGAUGAAGGAAACUGGAGAAUACUCUAAGGGAGAUUCCCCUAGCAUGGUGAAGCAAGUAAAGCCAUUUCCCUACGGAGGAGAGGCCAAGAAGAAAAAGGAUGAACCGGUAGACUUCAUGGACAUCUUUGGGAAGCUGGAGAUCAACUUGUCGUUCCUGCAGGCCUUGAAGCUGCCUAUCUUCAGCAAGUUCUUCAAAGAGUUCAUCGUUGGGAAGACUAAACCCAGUGACAAGAUAUUGAUCGGGGAAAACGUGUCGGUAGUGAUACAGAAGCCAAGGAUGCCCUCAAAACACACGGACCCGGGUAUGUUCACUCUACCCAUUUCUAAUGGUGAUAUCAGAAUUGAGCAUGCUAUGUGUGACCAAGGAGCGUCAAUAAAUGUUUUACCGCUUUUCAUCUAUAAGAGGUUGGUAGGAGUAGGAAUCGUGGAUACGAAAGUGGUAAUCCAGUUAGCGGAUAGGUCGUGCAUUUGUCCAGAGGAGGUUUUAGAAAAUGUGAUAGUCAAGGUGCAUGAUUUCCUGUACCGUGCCGAUUUCCAUGUGAUAAAGAUGAGUGAAAAUGAAUCUGCCGAGUCUAGCGGGGUACUUCUAGGGAGACCUUUCUUACGCACGGCUAACACAAUCAUUGAUGUUUUUGAUGGUACCAUAUGCUUGGAUUAUCAUGGGGAAAAAUACACGUUCAGCAUAGAUGAAGCCAUGAAGAAACCUUUAGAUAUCGACAAUUCAGAGUUGAGUCACAGCAUCGACAGAGAAGUUGCAGGAUUGUGUGAAGCCAUGAACACUUUCGAGUUGACCGAUGAGGAACUUGUGCAAGCGAUCGUGGAGUUUUGCAGAAAUCCUGAACUUGUCAGGUCAAGGAGAUCAGCCCAUGUUGCGAGUAUGGAAAAUUUACCAGGGCCAGAGAUGGAGAAGAAUCCCUUGCCCCAGGCAAUGAGUGUGCCCAAGAAAGAACUGAAAACACUUCCACCUGGUCUGAAGUAUGCAUAUUUGGAGGAGAACGAGAUGUUCCCUGUGAUAGUAAACAGCAACUUGACCUAG